CGCGAGGAUCUAACAGGGCAAAGUCCAAAUUCCAGACUAGUGCUGGCUGGCGACGUCCGUUUACAACGGCAAUGUCGUUGUGACUCGUCCGGUCAAUACGCGACUACGCCGCCCUGAACGAUUAUUCCCUUUUUAAGCUCUCCCAUUUUUGGCCUCAUUUCAUUUUUUCUUCCCCUUCACCGUCUCUUUCGAUUCCUCUUUGCUCUCUAUCUGCGAGAUUUCUGCGAUCUGUGGUCGGAUUGGCAUUCAAGGAAACAUGGCGGAGGAUAAACCAGAUACACCAUUGGUACCACCAUCAUCGCGGAACCUUCCCGAUUUCAAAAAGUCUGUUAAAUUGAAGUAUGUCAAGCUUGGUUAUCAUUACCUCAUCACCCAUGGGAUGUACCUCUUUGUUUCGCCUCUCGUGGUGUUAAUUGCAGCACAGCUCUCGACUUUCUCCCUCCAGGACCUCUAUGAUCUUUGGGAGCAUCUACAGUACAAUUUAAUAUCUGUUAUUAUUUGCUCAACACUCCUUGUUUUUCUGUCUACCCUCUACUUUAUGACCCGCCCUCGACCAGUUUAUCUCGUCAAUUUCUCCUGUUACAAGCCUGACGAAUCUCGAAUAUGCACGAAAAGGAUGUUUGUAGAUCAAUCCCAGAUGACUGGUUCUUUUACAGAGGAAAAUCUUGCAUUCCAGCGUAAGAUCCUAGAGAGGUCUGGUCUUGGAGAAAACACUUACCUUCCAGAGGCUGUCCUCAACAUUCCUCCUAACCCUUCAAUGGCAGAGGCCAGGAAAGAAGCUGAGGCUGUGAUGUUUGGUGCUAUUGAUGAGCUAUUUGCCAAGACCUCUGUAAAGCCCAAGGACAUAGGAAUUCUAAUCGUGAAUUGCAGCCUUUUUAACCCAACUCCAUCACUGUCUGCGAUGGUUGUCAAUCAUUACAAGUUACGAGGGAAUAUAAAGAGCUACAAUCUUGGUGGGAUGGGUUGUAGUGCAGGACUAAUCUCAAUUGAUCUUGCCAAAGAUCUUCUCCAGGUCCAUCCGAACUCAUAUGCAUUGGUUAUUAGCAUGGAGAACAUCACAUUAAACUGGUAUUUCGGAAAUGACCGCUCAAAGCUUGUCUCGAAUUGUUUGUUCCGUAUGGGAGGAGCUGCAGUUCUGCUUUCAAACAAAUCCUCCGACAGGAGAAGAUCCAAAUACCGGUUGGUCCAUACUGUUCGGACUAACAAGGCUGCCGAUGACAAGUGCUUUUCCUGUGUUACCCAAGAAGAAGACACUGAAGGCAAGGUUGGUGUCACUUUGUCAAAGGAUCUCAUGGCUGUUGCAGGUGAUGCUUUAAAAACCAACAUUACCACACUGGGACCUCUUGUCCUUCCAAUGUCAGAGCAGUUGCUAUUCUUUGCUACUUUAGUCGGGAAGAAGCUUUUCAAGAUGAAGAUCAAACCUUACAUUCCAGAUUUCAAGCUAGCUUUUGAUCACUUCUGCAUCCAUGGGGGUAGAGCUGUGCUGGAUGAACUGGAGAAGAACUUGCAGCUGUCUCCUUGGCAUAUGGAACCAUCAAGGAUGACUCUUUAUCGGUUUGGCAACACAUCUAGCAGUUCAUUGUGGUACGAAUUGGCUUACACGGAAGCCAAAGGGAGGAUAAGGAAGGGAGACAGAACAUGGCAGAUAGCAUUUGGUUCUGGAUUCAAGUGUAACAGCGCAGUGUGGAAGGCACUCAGAACCAUCAAGCCUGAGAAGGAGAAGAACCCUUGGAUGAAUGAGAUUCACAACUUCCCUGUUGAUGUUCCCAGGGUGUCAACCAUCUAAAUGAUGAAUAGAUUCUCGGUAGAGCAUUUGCUUUAAUUCAAUGCAAAGCAAAGAACCUUACCAGCUUAACAUGCCGUGAGUCCUCUUGAAAAUGGGGUAUUCGGAGUGAAUCAGCAUCAGAUAGUGGCCAUUCUGCCUGUUGAGUCAUCUUAAUUGGGUUUUCUCUAAUUCAUGAUGACUGCUUUCGAAGAUAAGAUUGUAGGAAUUGAUUGAGAGUGGUUGUAGGUUUCUAGUUGUGGUGGGCUUUUAAUAUGCCUGUUAUUGGUGGUUGGGCUAUGAUUCUGCUGAGGAUUUGUAUCUCAGAAUCUUUUUGUUGGUCUGUAAUUGUUUAGUUGUAAAAUGUUUGGAGCGUUCAACCAAGGUUCAAAUCCUAAACGGCAGCUUCUCGUGCUUGAAAAUUUGCAAAAUCAUGUAUCCGUACGGAAGAUCAAUCCCAUAUGGUUUGCGUGACUGAACCAUUAAAUUUAUUUUUAGUAUAUUCUUAU